AUGCAAAGGGAACCAAAAUGGGGCCACCUCAGGGACUUGCACUCUGCUUUGAGACUCUGUAGAAAGGCUUUGCUUUGGGGUUUUCCCACUGUCCAGAAAUUGGGGGAGGAAAUAGAGGCUCAAGUCUAUCAGCAACCUGGAACCAAUGUCUGUGCUGCCUUCAUUGCCAACAAUCAUUCUACCUCAGCUGUAACUACAAACUUCAAUGGUGGACAAUAUUAUCUUCCCCCACAUUCCAUCAGUAUACUCCCUGACUGCAAGACUCGGGUCUUCAACACUCAAAAGAUUGCCAAGAAGCAGAGGGAAGAUUAUCUGCAACAAAUGGAGCUUUAUGAACAGAAGAAGAAUGAGGUCAAGAAAACUGUUUACACUGUGUUGCAUGUUGGUGAUGUGAUUCGAUUGGGCCAGAGGGAUAGCUUCAAAUGAUGUGUAUCAAGAUCAGAUUCAACAUUUCCUAAUAGCAAUGUCUUUGCAUGUUUACCGAUAUAUAUAUAUUGAAAGUGUAUCUGGAACGUUGGUUAUGCGCUGGGUUAACUCACAGUCAGGAAGAAUUUUAGGAUGGGUUGAAUGGGCCAUUCAACAGGAGGGUGCUAUUCAUGCAGCUUUUUUGGAGGCCAUCAGGCCCAUGUUCCAGCACUCUGGAGCAACCCCUCUGGGAAGAAAGUCCUUUUAAGCAAUAGCCUCAAGAAGUAAUUUAUGCUGUUUCAGGAAGUACUGCAAGCGGGUAAUCACUUUUCCUUUUUUGUUCCAAAUGAUCGUUAAAAAAGGUGUGACGCUUUUUCAUGGGUCAUGUGGUUACUGCACAGGAUAUCACACCUUCCUAUGGCUGAAGCAUGGCAUGACCUCUCAUCCAAAUAGAACACAAUGGAUGGGUUGAAUGUCUGAACCACAUUUUAACAGACCCUGUAAAUAAUCAAGAAUAGGUGGGUAUCCAAUUUCAGCUGUUGUAUGUAGUAUGGUCCACUUCAGUUAUAGAUUGACUUGAUUUUUAGGCCCGUGGCCCACCAUAAAAGGGCACAUCUGAUUGAUGGGGUGGAUGUCCAACUAGAUUAUACUCGCAAAUUUCUGUUGCUACUAAGAAUACUAUACUCAGAAAGUUAUGUUGGUGUAUUUUUAUUUUUAAUUCUGGUUGUAUUUAUUAAAUAGGUAUGAGAUGAGUUGGACUAGUAGGAGCCUCACCUACUUUGAAUUGGGUGUGUAUGGAUGCUAUCGAAUUUGGUUGCAAUUAAAAGUAUACUAAAGUGGAAAAAAGCAAAAGUACCUGGCAAUCAUAUUCAAGGACUUGGCUUCCAGUUGCAACUAUGCCACUUUCAAGUCAGAUUGGAAAGGAAUAUGGUUCUAGUUUGAGGCUUCUUCAUUACAAUCAUUAGGGAACACCAUUUGCUUAAUUGUACAUACAAACAUGGGUUUUUUUUUUUCUUCUUAAAUCUUAUUUUC